AUGGCACUUCGGAUAAAUGAACGUUUGGAGAAAACAAUUUGGUGGACUAAUUACUAUUAUGUCUUGGCAAUGGGUCUAAUGCCAGGAUUGUACAAUAAAUCCGAUCGAAAACUUCAAUAUUCAAAGCCCUACAUUAUCUACAGUGCGGUAAUCCAAUGUUUCUUUUUAUUAAUAACACCAUUGGCUACACCGUUUGUACUGAACGAAGAAGCCCAAGAGGAAUAUUAUAUGUAUGGAAAAUUCAUCUUGAAGUGGACCUAUUAUAUUGGCAAAAUGGCACGCAUUCUCGUUAAUAUUGUUAUGUGCAUAGAAAUUUGGCUAAGGCGAGAACAGGUCAUCGAGUUAAGUGAGAAUUAUUGGAAAUUCGAAAAGAAAUAUAGGCAAUUCUACAAACACCAUGAUAUGCAGCAAUACAUGGAAGCGGAGGUGACAUCGGUGAGGACGAAGACAAUUUACAAAUUUUGCGUUGGACAUGGCAAUGCCAUACUUGUGUUUAGCCUAUUCAUACAAAUACAAAAUGAGCCCAGCAAGGCAUAUGUCCUUAUGAUCAUUGUCAAUCUCCUGCAAAGCUACUAUUUACUUCAUGCCAAUUUUACAUUUGAUUUAAUUCUAUUUCGAAUGUAUUUACAUUUUGUCUACAUCAUUAAAUCCCUACAACACAUCGUGUCACACAAAUCGCCCACUCAAAAUCCAGAUGACAUAUUUUGGCGUUAUUGGAUACUGUAUGACAUGCACUUCGAAUGCUAUCAAUUGUCAAAACGGAUCUUGAAAAUAUGUCAGAACAUCACAUUCUUUAUGUUGAUCAAGAUAUUUACCACAAAUAUAGUUUUGCUUUAUCAUGCUGUACAAUUUAUAAAUGGCACCAUUGAAGCUGAUAAUACCAAAGAUUUUAUGGGCACAAUGUCCAUAGUUGGCUUCUACUGGGAUACCACAUUGACAAUGAUGGCCAUCGAUGGCAUUUUGUCAUCUUGCAAUGAGACAAGCGAAAUAUUAAAACUAUAUGCUAAUGAGGAGCAUAUAGAACAUCAUCAUGGGCAGCUGCAGCAGCAGCAGCGACAGAGCCCAUUUUCGAAAAUGGCAAGUUUGAAUGCAAUUUUAAUAAACUACUCAUCAGACUAA